AUCAGUUUCUCAUUGCAGGGUGAGAGCUCUGAGUUCCGGUGUAAGAGAAAAGAGACGUGGCGAAAUUGCUGUAUAUCUCUGCCCUAUAAGCACAUCUCUCAUUUAGACUGAAGGGAAACAAGGCAUCAAAAAGGCUGCGCAAACCAUGCAGGAUGAUUUACUGAUGGACAAAAGCAAAGCCCAACCCCAGCAGCAGCGGCAGCAGCAGCAGCAAGAUCCAAACUCAGCAGAAGCCCCCUCUACACCCAUCUCGUCGGAGACGCCCAAACCAGAAGACAACAGUUCAGUGACUAGUAUCGGCUCAUCGGCUCCUUCCCAAAAUAGCAAGGAGAAGAUGCAGAUGGAGUCUCCCAUUUUGCCUGGCUUGAGCUUUCACCAGCCUCAACAAGAACCUGCAGCCGGCACCUCCUUGUCUCCCUCCUUCGGCAGCACCUGGUCUACAGGGACCACAAACACGGUGGAUGAUAGCUUUUUCCAAGGAAUUACUCCAGUCAAUGGGACAAUGCUUUUCCAGAAUUUUCCACACCACGUCAACCCUGUAUUUGGUGGCACUUUCUCUCCUCAAAUUGGCCUAGCUCAGACUCAACACCACCAACAGCAGCAGCAGCAGCAAGCUCAGCAGCAGCAGCAGCAGCGGAGGUCACCUGUAAGCCCUAAUCAGGCACCCUUUGCCCAGAGAAAUGCUGCUUACAGCCAUCAGCCCAUCAUGACCAGCAAACCGUCUUCGUCCUCUGCCUCCUCUUCUUCCUCCUCCAGCUGGAAUAACCAUCAAAACGCGGCUUGGAGUACACCUUCCAACCCUUGGGGUGGGCUGCAGGCUGGUAGGGACCCUCGAAGGGCAGUUGGAGUGGGGGUCGGCGUGGGAGUGGGGGUCGGUGUGCCCUCCCCCCUCAAUCCCAUUUCACCCCUUAAAAAACCGUUCUCCAGCAAUGUAAUUGCCCCUCCGAAGUUCCCACGAGCUGCACCCUUAACCCCCAAAUCCUGGAUGGAAGACAAUGCGUUCAGGACGGACAAUGGCAACAAUCUGUUGCCUUUUCAGGACCGGAAUAGGCCCUAUGACACUUUUAACUUGCACUCUUUGGAAAAUUCCUUAAUGGAUAUGAUAAGGACUGAUCAUGAGCCUCUGAAAGGUAAACACUACCCUCCCAGUGGCCCACCAAUGAGUUUCGCUGAUAUAAUGUGGAGGAAUCAUUUUACAGGGCGUAUGGGAAUAAACUUCCAUCAUCCAGGAACAGACAAUAUUAUGGCUCUUAAUACCAGGAGCUAUGGGCGGAGAAGAGGUCGGUCUUCACUUUUUCCUUUUGAAGAUGGCUUCCUAGAUGACAGUCACGGUGAUCAGUCUUUAUCAUCGGGUCUCAGCUCUCCGACACGCUGUCAGAAUGGUGAAAGAGUGGAACGCUAUUCUAGAAAGGUGUUUGUUGGAGGUCUUCCUCCUGACAUUGAUGAAGAUGAGAUCACUGCCAGCUUUCGUAGGUUUGGACCUCUUGUGGUGGACUGGCCUCACAAAGCUGAAAGCAAGUCAUAUUUUCCACCUAAAGGUUAUGCCUUUCUGCUGUUCCAGGAAGAAAGCUCUGUACAAGCUCUGAUAGAUGCCUGUCUGGAAGAAGAUGGGAAACUGUACCUGUGUGUGUCAAGUCCCACAAUCAAGGAUAAACCAGUGCAAAUUCGACCUUGGAACCUAAGUGACAGCGACUUUGUGAUGGAUGGGUCUCAGCCUUUGGAUCCAAGAAAAACGAUCUUUGUUGGAGGAGUUCCACGGCCUCUCCGAGCUGUUGAAUUGGCAAUGAUUAUGGACCGUUUAUAUGGAGGUGUCUGCUAUGCUGGCAUUGAUACAGACCCAGAGUUGAAGUAUCCAAAAGGUGCUGGCAGAGUGGCUUUCUCCAAUCAGCAGAGCUAUAUUGCUGCUAUCAGUGCUCGCUUUGUCCAGCUCCAACAUAAUGACAUUGAUAAACGGGUGGAAGUGAAGCCAUACGUGUUGGAUGAUCAGAUGUGUGAUGAAUGCCAGGGCACUCGCUGUGGUGGAAAAUUUGCUCCAUUCUUCUGUGCCAAUGUUACCUGUUUGCAGUAUUACUGUGAAUACUGCUGGGCAAGCAUACACUCUCGUGCUGGGCGAGAGUUCCACAAACCACUGGUAAAGGAGGGAGGUGAUCGACCCCGCCACGUCCCGUUCCGCUGGAGCUGAACCCCAGGCCUCACCCAGCAACAAGUACUGGAGUAGAUAAAAUCGAGUGAAAAGAGAGCGCUGCCUCAGGGCUUAGUGUUCUGGAAAUCUGUGCAUUCGUCCUCGACUUUAAUGAAGAUAUGGGUCUUUUUAUUACUAUUAUUAUUAUUUACAGUCACAUUACUGAACUCAGUGUCCAGUAUAAUACAAACCGGCAGAGUGUAACUGUACUGAUUUUGCACUUUGAUUCACACAAACAUCUGCUUGGUACCUUAAUUUCCUACACAAGACUUGUCACUAGUGACAUUACGUAGACUGCCAUUCUCAUCAGCCUUCACUGGGUUGAUGUGUAUGUGAUGAAGAUUUUUUUUUAAAUAUAAUUAUUUUUAUUUUUAAACUGGAGCAUGCACUUAUUUUCAGAAAUUUAGACUUGCCCCUAGCAGAUGACUUACCAAAGGUAAUAUUCACAAGUAGGUGGCAGAUGUAGCAAAAACUUAAACAAAUAUUCAGCAAUCAUUAGUUUGGGUCAUUUAGAGUAGUAAUAACCCUUAAAGAAAAUAAGCCUUUAGUUGCUCUCCAUUUUGACUUGUAAGGAUGAUACCUCAUAAGCUGGAUCAGACUUUUUUCUUUUGUUUUGCUGAGGGGUUUUUUUGUUUGUUUUAUUGGUUUUUGUUUGGUUUUUUUUUUGUUAGGUCUUUUAGUGUUAUGUAAAUGUAUGCUGCAAUAGCUUUUGCUGCUAUUAAAAUGGUAUUACUAAUACCAUAAUACUCUAUUCAGGCUAGGGUAUCAAUUAAAAAAUGAAUAUGUGAUUAAAAUAGUGAUGGCUGCUGAAAGGAGAUCAGUAUAGCAUACAGAAAAGCUUCCAAGGAAGGUCAAUAUUUUUUGACUGCAUGUUUACUUAAUCAGGUUGCUGCAUGCAAUAAAUUUUAUAUAUGUCUAAUAUAAAACCUGCCCACAAUGCACAAAUUAUGAAUCUACGUAGGCUACAAAAUACUCAGUAACAAAAAAAAUUGAUUACUGACUGGAGGAAGGCAUGCCUCAGUAAAUGUAAUGCUUCUGAAAUUAGGAUCAGCCCAUUACAGAACGACCUAUAUUACCACAAAUAUAAAAACUAGCUGUAGGAUAUUCUUAAAACAAAUUUGUGGAUGGUAGAUGAAGUACUUUGCGGUGCUCUGUUAUAUAUCGUGCAAUUUAUUUUAUAUAGUAAAGUGAUUAUGUCUAGUACUGUGAUCAAACUUAACUGUUAAAGCCUCUGUAUCCAACAUUAACACAUUUUUGACAGUUCCUAACAAGGUACAUAAACAGAAAUGAGCUCUUAGUUACAAUCUCUCUCCUAACGCUUGCAUCAUUUACGUAGCUGCAGACCUUGUCCGGAAAACCAAAGAGCUCAUGCUAGCGUACAUACACUACCGAUUAGAUAGUCUGUCUAAUAAACUAGGCACAUUUAAGAAAGCUAGGGGAAAAAAGUGGUGCUAAAGAAAUGUCUGCAUAUAAAAGUAACAUGCGAUGUCUGCUCUGUGGAUGUGGCGUUAUCUCUCUAAUCCCUGGAUGUAUCCUGUGAAGCUUGAAUACAGUUAAGACCUGCUAACACAGUGGACAUUUUUUUAGCAUGAACUAUGGGGCUGCAGAUAGCGUAUAAAUAUAAACACACUUGGUAUACUAAUGAUUGUGAGAAUGUGUACACUAUUUGUUUUCUUUUUCCUCCUUUGUUUUGGCAGUUCUGGGGACAAUCUGACUGGAUAUGACACCGCAUAGUAGAUUUUAAUGUUCUGGUUUUUGUUUGUUGUGAUGUCCUUGUUUGUGUCUAAUUUAGUAAGCUGUUUUUCCCAAUGUUUAGUUGCGAGUAUUGGCUUUGAAAGGAUUUUUUCUGUUUUUGGAAAAAAAAAAAAAGAAAAAAUAGUUUUUUACUGGUUUAAAAUGCUUAUUAUAAUUAUCCCUUUUGAAGUUACUUCUGGGCGUUUUUGUGAUAUUGCUUUUCCCAGCCCAGGUGUCUUUUUUUGGUUUUUUUUUUCAUCUGUACAAGACAUUUUGUUAUGCACUACUUUUUCUAUCUAGACAGUUUUCAACAGUCGGCUGAUUUUUUUUAAAGAAAAAGGCAUGCUUUCUGACUGACAUGAUCUUUUGCAAUACCUCAAUUUUGAAAUAUAGGAAAGAAAAUGAUAUUUUCUAAGUAAGUUUAUUCAGAAAAAUAUAUAUUAAUUUAAUUCUGCAAGAAAAAUGAUUUAACAGAUGGGUAACUUUAUUUUUUUCAUGCUUAUUUGAGUUUUUUUGAAAAUGAAGAAGUUAGAGCUUUAUAACUGUAAUAUUAAAAAUCAUAGCUAACCUACAGAAAUCUACCUAAUUAUGUGAAAGAAGUAAACCUUUUUGAAGAAAUACCCCUCUUUCGUGUAAAAAAUACCCCCAGAGAGAAAGAGAGAGAGAGAGAAGCUGGAAAAUGUACAAUACAGCGUAAUGUUGGAUUAAAUCUAAAACAAAAUCAUCGUAAAGAACAGGUGUAAACAAAAACUCCAUUUGGUGCUGAAAGUUGUGAAUAGAAGGUGAAAAAAUAUUUUCCCUUAAUUUGUAUAUUUAUAAUCAAGUGUGAUUAUGCACGACUGACCAGAAUUGUGAGAGUUCUUCUGUUUGUAUUUUUUUAAAGAGAACUUUUUUUAGUUUAUUAAAUUAUGA